AUGCAUGCACGUGACAUUGUCGCAGCCAUUGAACUCGCAGUCUAUGUCCCUGCCGCCAUACUAGCUGUCAUUGUUUGCGUGCGGCAUGGCUUUAAUCGCAGCAGCGGCUGGGUCUAUACGCUCAUUCUCUGCAUCGUACGCACCACUGGUGCUUCCUGUCAAUUCCUAUCCCGCCAGAACCACUCGAACGGCAUGAUCGAGGCCAAGAUCAUCAUCGAAUCUGUCGGCCUAUCACCUUUACUAUUAGCAACUCUGGGAUUGCUGAGUCGAUUUGUCGACUUCAUCAACGCGAAAAGUAGUCCGACCUUCACGACCAAACACUUCCGCGUGUUGCAAUUAGUCAUAACCAUCGGUCUCAUUCUCAGCAUUGCCGGCGGAACAAGCGGCACGGUUCAGCUCGACGGCACGGUCCGAGUCGCAUCAACAAGCAAAGCCGGCAUCGCGCUGUACAUUGUCGCAUAUUUCGGCAUCGUAUUCGUAUACUUGACCUCGGUUCCCAGAACCUCUGUCGUUCCGAACCAAGAGCGUCGAGUGCCUGUCGCUAUCAUUCUCGCACUCCCUUUCGUCUUGUCGCGACUCAUCUACUCAGCAUGUUCAGUAUUCUUGCACAGCCAUUUGUUCAAUAUCGUAACUGGAAACGUGGCGGUGCGCGUCGCUACAGCAAUUAUCGAGGAAUUCAUUGUCGUUGCGAUAUAUAUCGCGCUGGGCUUUUUAGUCAUCAAGUUGGAUGCUCAUGCUCAGGGACCGAUCGCAGGAAGGGAAUGGAAGAAUAAAAAGAGCAGAGGUAGAAAACGGUUUAGAAGACACUCUACAGGCGCACUUGAGCAGCAGCGGAUGUAG